GGCAGGGCCACGGGGCGAGGCCUGCGCCCUAGCUUAUGUCCGUGACGACCCGGAUGGGGGCCCAAUUGGGAACAGCGUCUAGGAAGUGGAGGCACUGGCUGAGUGACUGCAGGGGGCCUCCCAAUGAGCCGCUCAUCGUUGUCGGUCAGGGCCUGCUGCGAAAGACUCCGGGCUGGCUGGACGAGAGGGGACCCUGGGGCCCCCAGAGUACAAACGGGAAGAGAGUGCGUUUUCCUGUCUGCCUCCAGGGAGCGGGAAACAGAGUAGCCGGAGAACCGACCCCUAGGGCUCGGCCAGCAGCCAAGGAUGUUAAGCAGCUCACGGCAGGACGGCCCUCGACCUGGGCGGGGUACAACCCCUGGAGUCGCUGGGCCGCGCGGAGGCCUGUGGAGCUCAGCCGGGAGAAACUGGGAAAACGCGUCACAUGGGGAAGCUAUUUCUGCUUCUCGCCAGCCUUCGGCUCUAGGGCUUGCUCCCGGGCGGUCUCCCCAAAGCCAUCGUACCGUGAUUUGUGGGAGGAACGUUUGGCUGCCGAGCUUAUCAAGUUAGCGGAAGACUCCAGCAAUCCCCUUCAACCGGAUGUUAGUUUCGUAUAUAAUUUUCUCAACCAAGAGAAGCUAACGAAGGCAGAAAAGAGGUUUAAAGGAAAGGCAAUGGUGGAAAUGAUGAAGCUGGACAAGCAAAUCAAAGAAUUUCAAGUCCAGCUAGAACCCCUAGUGGAGCAAACCAGGCAGUUACUCACCGAAAAGGCACAUGUUCAGGAGGAAAACCAGUUCUUUCUGGAAUACAUGACCAAGCACACUGAGGAGGCUAAACAGCGAGCCAAGAAGCUGUGGAACGACUGUUUACAACAAAGUAGGGAGAUUGAACAAACGAGACAAAAUUUAGCCUUCAAAUAUGCGGGAAAAAAUUCAGCGCUUAAAACAGAGUUCCAACAGAAGGCAGAUAUCCUCUCCAGUCUGAAUCAGCAAUUGCACCGAAUGAGGGACGCUUGCAUAAUAAAGGAGAAACAGGAGAAAGAAAUUCAGACAUUACAGGAGGAGAUAAAGAAAACCCCAGCUGAGACAGCUGCAAAGAAGGAGGCCAUGCUGGUCCAGUUCCUCCAGGAAAAAGCAUCACUGGCGGCACAACUGAGUGAGCUAGACGCCAGGCGAGUGGGAAAGAGACCAACAAAUGGGAUUCAGGCCUUGGAGAAGGCAGCAAAGCAGUACACUUUGGACUUCCACAGUAGUGUCAACAGACAGAACCAGCGGUUACAGAAGGAAAUUCCACAGCUAAUUCAGAAAUACCGGAAGUUGGAGGCUACUCAGAGCCAUAUAAAAAAGAAAAAGCAGCAGCUGCAGCAGGAGCAGUGGUACCUGGAGUGCUUAAGCCGCGGGAGGCAACGGCUGCAAGAAAAGCGUAAUCUGUGCCCAAAUGGACAGGGUACUCCAAAGACCACACUGAACCCUGCCCUAGGCACCAAAUCAAGGAUGCUUCCAGAGUAAUUCCUAAAAUAACUCUGACUAGGUCCCGACUGGAGCAAGGGUUCUUAGGUGCUACCUAACAUAAACCUGGUUAGGAAGGCUUUGGGAUCUCCGGUUGCUAUGGUAAAAUAACCAUCAUAAUGUGUUAGUGUGAAGGAUUCGGUGUGUUUAUCCAGCAGUACUGCUAGAUUAUUUGUGGGACUGCCUUCCCUUAAAGUUAGGUUUUUCUUUAAUUAGCUCUUGUUAAUAAACGGGAUGUUUCUCAUACCUCCAGAUAACCCAAUACCAUUUGCCAAAAAUCUGCUGGUGAAACUAGUUCAAGAAAACCACCUUGAGGAAAACACUUGUGUGGUGUUUCACCUAGCUAAUUUAGGCUUCUUUAUAGAAAAAAUCGCCCCCGAAGCAUACCAUUUCAGAUUGAUGUAUAUGUGUGCUCUUUGUUCCAUAAACAACCAAUGUCAGUGUAUCCUCUUCUUUUGGCCACAUUAGCAUACAAAGACAAAGUGAUUUUACUCUCUUUGUAAAGUCUGUGACAGUGACCGGAAAGCUCCUUCAGUAGUUCUCUCAAGAUUGAAAAAUACUCUAAUUGCAAGUAUAAUAAACCCUAGGCAGAAUGACCUUCUGUCUGACACUCAGUCCAUAAAAUUGUGAGAAGGGAUGAGAAUUAGAAGGGAUGUACACAAGGUCAGCUCUGACUUUUGAAAAUAAUCUUUGUGGAGAAAUACCUCUAGCCUGAAUGAGGUACUGAAUGACUCUACCUGUUUCAGGAAAAAGUAUCAAAAGGUUUUUCAAAUAUUUGGAGAACGUUUUAAAGAGUCUUUUGCCAUUUCUUUCCCUAACAACAUCCUAAAUUCCAAGAUGACAAGUAAAAUGACUGAAGGUUCUGCAGAGUGAGUACUUUAGUUUUAAGUCACUUACUACAUUUUCUUACUACAUAAGCACUUACUUGUCCUUGAAAUGCCUUUGUUAUUCACGUCUAUCCUAUGUUUAUGCCCCUUAAGUAGAACUAGGAAUAGUAUUUUAAAUUAGUAUAGACUUUUAAGGUAGUUAUAGUCUUUGGCACUUACGACAUACUGAUAGGUAGACCAGGGAUUUAUGUGGACCCUGAAAUAUAACUCCGUAUUUUUACAUUGUCCCCAAUGGGAACACAGAAUCAACUUUGUUUUCAAGAGACUGUCAGUGAUGAAAUACUUCACAAUAAUUUUCCUGGAUUUUCAGUUUUAUAUGUAAAGUGAAUUCCUCUAAAAUUGGAUUCAGAAAAAGAAUCUCCCUCAAUGUGCCUUUAACUCCUAGCAUUGAAUUUCUGUUAAAUGUGCUAUUUCUUGGUUCUUAGGCAAAAUUUUUGUUAUUUGAAAAUAAAAACCUCGGCUUAUUAUUUACCCAAUGA